AUGGCCAAGCGGCAGCUGGGCCUCGCCGAGGCGUUCGCACACGCGCAGGGCGCGUCUAUCCGUGCUGGGUCCCCUCCAGCCAAGCGCGCGCGCCUUUCGACCUCGCCUGGUCUCGCGGCGGCCUCGCCAAAGGCGGGCAGCACCGCCUCGUCGGCGACGGCGACCGCGUCAGGCUCGACGCAGGCGGCAGACGGCGAGGGCGACGGCGUCACGGCCAAGGGCAAGGGCAAGAGCAUCACGACGCCCUUCUCGCCCGCGGCGUUCCUCUCGUCCCUCUCGACCUCGCCGCCCUCACCCACCGAGGCCGACCUCCUCUCGCUCGAAGGCGCGACCCUCGGCGCCUCGUGGCUCGCGCACCUCGACAAGGAGCUCCGCAAGCCUUACUUUCUCGACCUCAAGCGCUUCCUGUGGAAGGAGGGCCUGAGGGGGACCGAGGACCGCGGCGAGGGAGGCAAGCUGAGGGUCUUCCCGCCUGCUCGCGACGUGUACGCCUGGAGCCGCUACACGCCGCUGCAGGACGUCAAGGUCGUCGUGCUCGGGCAGGACCCGUACCACGAUGACGGCCAAGCGCACGGUGCGCCUCUGCUUCUCCGUCCGCCCUGGCGUCAGAUCCCGCCCUCGCUGCGCAACAUCUACAAGGAGAUCAAGGACGAGUACCCGGCGUUCGAGGUGCCCAAGCACGGCAACCUCAUCUCGCUCGCGCGCUCGGGCGUCCUCCUCCUCAACACGUCGCUCACGGUCGCGCCGCACAAGGCCGGGUCGCACAGCAACAAAGGGUGGGAGACGUUCACCGACAAGGUCGUCGACGUCGUCGACCGCCACGGCGGGCAGGGCAAGGGCGUCGUCGUGCUCGCGUGGGGCGCGUGGGCCGCAAAGAGGGUCGCAAAGAUGGACAAGAAGAAGCACCUGAUCCUCACGAGCGCGCACCCGUCGCCCCUGAGCGCUCGCCGCGGCUUCUUCGGCAACGGCCACUUUAAGAAGACCAACGAAUGGCUCGCCCAGCGUCACGGCGCGGACGCGCAGAUUGACUGGACGACGCUCGAGCCGGAGGAGGACGAGGCCGGGCUCGACAAGGCCUGAGCGCGAGGCGAGCGGCAAGGAGCAGGUGUAGCUUGCGAGAGAGUGCAUCGAUGACGAGCAGCUCGCGCUUCUCGUGGCUGCUCGAG